AUGUCUAAUAAUACAAAAUUUAUAUUACGAACAUUCUGUAAGUUUGUCUUUAUCUCUGGUUCUGGAAAUUUUUACUAUGAUCAGAAAAUAUAUAAAGAAACGUUUUUUUACAAAAUGUAUAGCAUAGUUUCCUAUUCGAUUUAUAUAACGAUGAUUCUAUUGGAAAAUUGCGCUGCAAUAUUUGGUAAAUUUCCCGAAGUGGAAAAGAAUUCAGCCGUUAUGUUCGCGGCUAUUCAUAACAUCGUACUGGCUAAAAUGUUCCUCCUGUUAUAUCACAAGAAUUCUAUAAGGAAAUUGAACUAUGAAAUGACAACGGUGAUGGAAAAUAUCGAGGAAGAAUACGUUAUGAGGGAGCAAUAUAGAAAAGUCAAAUUUGGUAUUGCGUUCUACGUCGCCAGUGUUUAUUUGUCGUUAGUCGCUUAUGGAGUAGAGAGUUUGAGAAAGGUAAUCACUGAAGGGGUACCAUUCUAUACAGUGGUGACCAUUUAUCCAUCUUUUAAUGAUAUCUCAAUGUUGGCAACACUAGUGAGAGCAUUUUUCUACAUUACCUGGUUAUAUAUGAUGUUACCAAUGAUGGCAGCAGAUUGUAUGCCCAUAAUUCACCUCAUUACUAUGGCAUAUAAAUUCAUGACGCUUUGUCAUCGCUUUGAAGCCAUAAGCGAGAGCUUUAAAAGAGAGGUUAAAAUUUCUAAGACACAAGCAAUCGCAAUGAUGAAAAUAAAGUUCUUGGAAGGAAUUGUAAUACAUCAAAAAUUGUUAAUGCUGACUGAAGAAAUUCAACGUGUAUUCGGUAUUAUAAUGUCGUUGCAAGUUUGUGAAAGUUCAGCCGUGGCAGUUUUGCUUUUGCUUCGUUUAGCGCUUUCAUCUCAUCAGGACUUAACCAAUGCUUUUAUGACGUAUACAUUCGUUUGUUCUCUUUUUAUUCUAUUGGCUUUAAAUCUAUGGAACGCAGGUGAAUUAACAUACCAGGUAUCACUACUAUCUAAUGCGAUGUUUUACUGUGACUGGUACAUGUGUGAUGUUGAUAAUGACUCAAAAAACAUACGACAACUGGUAUUGAUAGGAUGUGCGCAGGCGCAGAAGCCGCUCAUCCUCAAGGCGUUUGGGGUUCAAAAUUUGUCCUACGCCACAUUCGUAUCAGUGGCACGGAUGACAUAUUCCAUUUUUGCUGUAUUUUAUCAACGAAGACAUUAA